ACAAUAAACACAGUCGGUGCCUGGACAUUGUCCCGGUUGUAAUGGCAAAAAACAACAACAUUCGAGUCUAAAUAAUAGGCAACCUUCAGCUCACAUUCACGAGCCGCGUCCAUUGAAUGAGCCGUCGUGCUGGCGAUGGGACUCGCUUAAGGAUGCUUUAAAAUAAAAGCUUAAUCAUUGAAGGCGGCCCACAAACGGUGGAGGAGCGGCUCGCAAUGAUGUGGACCAAUCAGUGCUCCCCGUGGCCUGUGGGCGGCGCCUGGCAACGGGCUUGGCUGACGUACGAAUGGGGAUGGAGCUCCUGGCAGGUGCCGCCACUGCAGCCCUGCUUCCUCUCGCUGUUGGCCGGCGAGAAGAUUGGUGGGGUCUGUCUGGCGGAGAGCGGCGGGUGCGGUGGAGUUGGCGGCGGCGGUGGCGGUGGAGGAGGCAGCGGCGGUGGAAUUGGCGGAACGGGGUGCCCUGCCACCCAGGCCGGGUUCCUGUCGCUGCUGGCAGGCGGUGGCGGCGGAGACAUUGGGGGCAGCCCCCCAGCUUGCACAGGAGACGUGAGCUGGUGCCGCAAAGCACUGUGGGUAGCGGGCGGGGCGCUGCUUGCCACGGCGGCGUUCAUCAUCCGCGAGGUGAUCAUAUCUACCAGGUGCACCGUGGCUGACGAUGCGAGCGGGGAUGUCGUGAUCCUGCACCAGCACGCUCGGCCCAAGGGCGGCGCUCCCAGUCUCUACCCCGCGUGCCUCACCGCCGAGACGCAUCUGCGAAUGGCACGGCUGCCCUACAAGGUGUGCAGCGAUGCGUGGCUGCCCCCGCACGCUGUCUCACCAUGGCUGGAGGUCCCGUGUGGACACGGGAAGACGCAAGCCGUGCAGGGCAUCGAGGCCGUCCGAGACUUCAUGGAGUCGCUCAGCGGUGACUCGGCAGUUCUGCCCGCCAGCGCUCACCAGUGCGGGGUGGCGCGCGCCGUCAUCAAGAUGCUGGAGGACCACACAUACUGGGCGCUGUGCAGCGUGCAGUGGCUGGAGUGCGAGGAGACGAUGCGCCGCCUGGUGCGCGUGACGGGGCCCUUCCCGCGCCUGCACGCGCGCCUGCGCUGCGGCCUCGUGUGCGCCGAGCUGCGGCGUGAGCUGGCGGCGCACGGGCUGGCGUGGGCCGCGCGCCCGCAGGAGGCGCAUCGCGCCAUCGAGAGCGACAUCCGCGCCGUCGCCAACAUCCUGGGAACGAAGCGCUACAUGCUGGGUGACCGACCUGGUGCUACGGAUGCCUGCGUCUUCGCUCACCUCUCCAUCGCACUGUGGCUGUUGCCUGGCUCGCGGCCGCACCAGCUGCUCACCGAGGAACUGCCGAGCCUCGUGGCGUUCUGCCACCGCAUGCGCAAGCGCUACUGGCCCGAGUGGCUCCCGGACGGUGACGAUGGCGGCCCCGCGGGUUGGCGCAGGGCCGACGAGAACGGCAAUCGACGAGUGGCGACGGCGACCGAGGAGGACGAGGAGGAGGAGGAGUGCGACUUUCUGAGCAGCGAGGACCCGCUCAGCGAGGAGCCGAGCCUCAGCGGGGAGCCGUGCAGCGACACCUCGCUCCAGGUCGACUCAGAGUGAUCGCGAGGAGUCUCGUCCGGUGAUGGUAAUCGCGGGAGUAAUGCUUCGGCAAAAAAAUAAAAAACCUCUCAAAGCCAGGCCCGAGUCAGCCGGAAUGUGGCGGUAUGCUGGAAAGGUAUACCCGAAAAUAAAUUAGUAAACCAAAAAAUGGAAUGUUGUCUGAAUGGGGCGUCCACCAGGAUAGGCAGCGAUGAAGUCAGUUGGUGCGCAGGUGCUCGGCGAAUGAUUACAUCGCACGACCAUGAGAGGUGGCAGUUGUCUUGUGGAGGUUUUCAUCCAGCAGUUGAUUGUUCAUGGCUGAUGAUGAUGAUGAAAGCAAAAAUAUCCGACUGGAACACUUUGCACGCUAAUUAGUCCGUACGCUAAUUAUGACAAAUUGUUCUGUUAGUCAAUCCACAUCCGUCAGCUUACCAGCGUCCUAAAGCUCAGUGCCAAUCAUGUGUAGGAAUUCUCAAAUGCGCUUCCACCCGACCAUUGCAAGAAACGCAAUUGACGUGCAAUAGCGUACAAGUAAUUCUAAAGCGAUAAACUUAUCUGUUGAUUGGCAUUCGUUGAGCCCAUGCCCUUGGAUGCCACGUGGUCUGGUAUGCACUCUCUCGCUCUUAAAAAGUAACAAUAAAUAAUUGAAUAAAUUCUUCAAGCCUGUCAGAAAAUCUCUUCAUACUUCCACAUCCAGUGAGCUUCAGCUUUCCCUCUCUGCUACGUGCCGAUGGUAAGCGACUCGGAUAGAGAACUGUUAUGAGAAAAAAUGUAAAUAUGAUAUUGUAAAUCUUUGGUUAAUUUUUAAUUAAACGCGUCAGGUGUAAAUUACACGUGUAAAUGUAAUUUUUUUGCAUUGACAAUGAUGUGGUUUAGUUCACAUUUUUGUCAGUAUGUCUCGGGCGUCCGCCGUAACUGGAAAGGUUCUCCCCAAAAAUGAGUCCGGCUUCGAGAGGUUUUGCGUUAAUCGUGGUGAGAGGUGAGGUGUGAUAUGAUGUGGCCGGGGCAGCCGCUCAGGGAGUGGGGGUUCAUAAGAGCCGUGUCGGAGAGACUUGAGCUGAAAACGCCAAUGUCUUUGGGUUUGAAUCCAGGUUUCAGCCGCCCCAAAUAUGAUCAAACCCGGCUCUCUCUCGUGUGUCCAAGGGAUGCGUCUCCCGAUUUUGGCGUCAUUCGAAAAAUAAAAAUCGGACCUAGGUACAAGAAUUGUCGAGACGAGUUUCAGAUUAAUCUGUAAUGGGAAUGUUUCGUAACCCUCCACCACCCGACACAGCCAAUUAGUAAGGGAUUUGUCACGUAGACAAACGCCAAUUAGUUACUACUUUAGCCCACCAGUGUGUUUGAGAGUAAAUCCACAACAUUUACAAUUUGAGUACUCAAGAGUAAAUCCACACCGUUGGGCUGAAGUAGUAAACUAAUUGGCGUUUGUCUACGUGACAAAUCCCUUACUAAUUGGCUGUGUCGGGUGGUGGAGGGACACGACACAUUUAUACUUGCGUGAUCUAACCCAAAAACCUUAAUUAUGAAUAAUAUUGGUCGCGAAAGCCUACGUGUUAAACUGAAAAAGGAAGUUAACAUCACCAUUGGAACCUCACUUUCCAGUAAAAAAUAUGAUAAUUGUUUUUUUACCCUUCUAUCUGGCAACAAAAAUGACUGCAGGUAUUGUGGUCUAUGCAAACAUGACUCCUUGUAAAAAAGGUGUCAGUUUUGUUGCCAGAUAGAAGGGUAAAAAACCAAUUAUCAAUGACGGAGAUAAUGCAGGCCAACGACGAUUAUGUCAAUGUCGCUUGGGCUGUGUUCCUCGGUGGUGCAGGGGGUGGGGGGAAUGGUGGCGCCUGGCGUUGUAAGGCCGGAGGCGUACGAGUCGAUAACCAAGUCUAAAUGAUCCUCGUUGUCGAUCCAAAGUUUUCAUUGAAAAGCUGAGAAUGGUAAAUCCGAAGUGUUUUAACGUGAAACGCUUUCCUUAAGUAUCAUACGUUGAUCUUCUUGGCCUGGUGACCAGCAACUGCAUAACAAAAAGCUUAUUCGCUAUAACUUUGCCCUUAAUUCAACUAAACCUACAGCGCCAAGAACGUUUUCAGGUUUUUAUAUAUAUAUAUAUGGAAUGAACGCUCUACAGAGAAUAUGAUCGGUGUUCCCUAAAUCAGGAUAAAGAGACCUGGUUUGUAGUGAAUUGAAGUGAAAGUAGUCCUAUGACACCAUCUUCAGGGCUUGUUUCCAGACACAGGACGGUGCACUACUCGCUGUGAGCAUUUCAUAUGGGAAUGUCUUCUUCAUUUGGCAUAGCGCAUGGCACAAAUUUCAUACAAUUGGGCAAUUAGGCCAAACAAUAUUUGAGGAAAGCCUUAAGUGGCUGGGUUGCUCAAACGACUUAGAAUGGUCGUGUUAAAAGACCAUCAGCCAGCACCAUGGAAAUUUUAUUCUUCUUAUUCUUGGUUCUUUCGGUAAAGUCACGUAGAAGGGAAAUAAUAAAAUAAUAUAAAUAUAAAACAAUAAAAAUUCUCAUGACGUUUCGACUGCAACACAAGCAAUCAUCAUCAGGUGUGAAAUCC